GUAAAUGAUAGAAUACACAAUCAUAUAUAAGAACAGAAAACAACAUAUAAGGACAUUUCUUCAAACGUGUGCUACGUAUUUAUUAUUCGACGAAGACGCGAAUGUCCUUUAGUUUGCGAUAAUCUCUCGAAGAGUUAAGAUCGCACGUUUUGAAGAUACUUGAGCAAAUUCUUUACAGACGUUCUAGUUAUACCAAUUCUCAACGAUAUUAUUAGCUAUUAGCUAAUUAAUCCAAGAUUUAUGUUUUAGUGAACUGAAUCUCACAACAUGAUACGAAAUAUGCAGAUGCUUAAAUUCCUCGGAAUUAUAUGGUUAAUAUUUAUCAGCGUAAUUGAUCUAUCUUCUUCUACCGAGGAUGUGGAAUCUUUGUCAUCGGAAUGUGUAGAACCGUUAGAAUAUAUUCUGAAUGUUAAUAUGGACGAAUAUGGCUUCUUCAUCACACAGUCUGCUCUGAUAAACGUUUCAUGUACACUGCCGAAAAUAAUAUUAUAUGAAGGAGAUUGUAGAGCAUUUGAUAUUAUGUUAUCUUCAUUUAUUGAAGAUAAUUCUACGAUUUUAAGAACCAUAGAAUCACGUUCGACGAAAGAAAAUCGAGUUACGCGUGAAAUGUUUAAGAGCAAUAUACGUGUCAUGAACGAUGGUGAGGAAGUAGUAGAAACAAGAACAAAUGUGUCACCUGAAAAAUACUGGAUAAAUUCAACAAGUAUGUGUACUCUAGAAAAUGUUGCAAAAUUCUUAAUAACAUAUACGAACAAAGGUGAAGAAAGAUAUAUGAUUUUCUCACGUAUUCCGAAUAAUUGGGUAUUUCCGUAUUGGAUCGAUUCAGAAAAAAAAGCCACAUUUACUGUUAGCAUUAAAUAUAACAACAAUAUUUAUAAGGCUCUGUCACAUAUGUCUGUUAGAGACACAGAUACUAAUAUAAAUAAUUACCAUUUUGACUAUUUUUAUACGACAACUCUAAUGUCUACUCAUUUGCUAACAGUAGCACUCUUGCCUGAUACAGUAAUUCGGAUAUAUGUGAAUAAACUUGUCAGCAUUUGGUGCAAACCAGAGAUAGUAAAUGACAUUCAACAUGCAAACUUUGUUAUUGAUAAGGUCACGAAUUAUGUAUAUAAAAACCAGAAGAAUCUAUUAUUAUCAUGGAUAAAUGUGCGUUACAUACUACAUAACAAUACAGAAUAUGAAGAUGCAGUAACUCCAGGACUUGUUUUUCUCAGGGACAAUAACAUUGUAUGCAAUUACCAAUCAGUUCCGAUAAGGAAAAGAGACGUAACACUUUUAGUAGCACGUACUGUAAUACAAGAAGUGUUCAGUAAUUGGAUGGCCACAUAUCGGCAGUCUGAUCUUUGGUUUACCAAAGGUUUUUCGACAUAUUACGGAACUUCACGUUUUUUGGAAAAUAUUGAUGAGGAAGAGGCAAUGAGUGUUUAUAUAGUCCAGAAACGAUCGCAAUUUUUUGAUGAUGUAGAAUUAUUUAAUUACCUUCAAUAUCAAAACAAUACAUUUCAUAAAAACUUACUUCUCAGUCAUUCUUGGAAAGCAAAAGCAUUUAGUUUUUUCCACAUGUGGAGUACUUAUUACGAAGAUAUAGAUCUCAUCGAAUUGAUAUUUAAGGAAGCCGAGAACAUAUAUUACAACAUAUAUUAUAACAAUAAUACAUACGUAAAUGAUAAGCGGCCAAUUCUCGAUAUGUGGGACAAAUUUGAAAGCAUGAAAAAGAGAAGUGAAGAAUUACAAGAGAGAAAGAAAGAAUUAAAAGAUGUGAUAUAUUCUUGGGCAACGUACGAAGGUUAUCCUAAGAUAAAAGUGACACGAAACUAUGAUGAAAAUUCUGCGACAAUAAUGGUUGCAGACUGUAUUUUGAUUACAAAUGUAUCAACACCUAAUAAAGUGUGUAACAACAAGUGGUGGAUACCUGUAUCCUAUUUAUAUAACUAUCGUGAAAGAAGGGAAUCCAUGCCCCCAACGUCGUAUCCAGUCAUCGCAAUAGUAAAAAACAUUCUAACACCGGACAACCACAUUAUCACGGUUCCGAGUGUUGACAGCGAUAGUCUUUUUGUUCUCAUGAGACACACUGGAUAUCGCGUCAACUAUGAUCGUAGAACCUGGAGAAAUAUUAUUCCGUUCUUGAGAGACCCUUACUUUUUUCCUAUAGAUCUAAUGACUCGUGCACACCUUCUCGAUGAUGCUUUUUAUUUUUUGGUCAAAUAUCCAGAAAGAGAAAUGUCUACAGAUAAUAAUAAUAAUCAUAAAAAUAAUAAUAAUCAUAAAAAUAAUAAAAAUAAUAAAAAUAAUAAAAAUAAUAAAAAUAAUAACAAUUAUAAAAAUAAUAACAAUUAUAAAAAUAAUAACAAUAAUAAUAAGUCAGAUGAUGAUGAUUUAACCAUAUUCUUUGAUCUUGCAAGCAAUUUGUUGCAUAAUAUGUCUUAUUUUGAGUGGUUUCCUAUGUUUUCUGCUCUUGAAUACGCAUCGACAAAGAUGUUUCCAUAUGAUACGAAUCUUAAGAAGAGAUUUGCAGUAAUACUGAAUAAGGCUAAUAAUGUAAUGAAGAAAGUAAAAGAUUCAGAUUUCGAGAAUAAUAUUCUUAAUCAGUUACGUCACGAAGCUGUAAAAUGGAUAUGUGUUCUUGAUGAUACAAUGUGCAAAUCAUAUAUUAAUCCUAUUGUACAAUGGCAUUUAACUGAUCCUGUAAACAAGAAACUUUUGCUAAAUUGGCGGAAAUGGAUAUAUUGCCAGGCUUUAAAGCUAGAGAAUGGUGCUUAUCAGGAAUCUAUUUGGGAAAUAUUAUUAAACAAUACAGAGUUUACUACUUUAGAACACGAAGAGUUCGCAUCUUGUAGCAGAAAGCCUAAUAAUCUCAUCAAAUCUUUAGAGUUCCUAGCACAAGAUAAUCUACGCCAACAAUUUUUGGAUAACAAUCUAAUUGAUGAUUUUGAUACUUUGUUAAAUAUUCUUAAAAAAAAUAGUGAUGAUCUACAAUUGCUGAAGAUUAAGUUAAACGAACUGCAGCGUAUAAAACCAAGGUGUGUUAACCUACAUUCAGUUUUGACAGUUAUUAUUAAUAACAUACAUUCGGAAGAAUUGUUGGAAGAGGUAAAAAUUUAUGUAGAAACCUUGAAGGAUACUGAGCUAAAACUUGUUGUCGAUCCUCUUUUACAAAAAAUACGUCAUCGUCAGAAUUACAUACGUUUGAAGAAGCACGAGAUUCGCUUUAGACAACGAGAUAUCCUUGCUUUUAGAGACAUAAAGGAAUAAAGAUAUUGCAAUCAGUUUGCUUUUUAAUAAUUGUGCGCAUUGUUUUUUCUUUUUUUAUUGAAGUAAAAAAAUUGUUUGUGUUUUGUGUUUCGA